ACAAUAAAAAAUGUAUUCUUAAAAAGUGUAACAAAUCAUAAUUUAUUCAAAAUCUAUUAAAUACCAUUAUAAGUAAUUGUUACUUCAUAUAUUGGGAUUCCACAUAUUUUACCUAUUUUUGGACCGGAAGUUACACGUAACACAAAAUGGACGACGGAAGACUUCCUCGUACGUCACGUAGGUGGAAAAAAUGUCAUAAUAUUAAUAUCUUACAUGUAAAAUGGUCAAGUUCAUAUAAUGUAACGUUUUUUAUAUUUGCAUUUGUUUGCAUCUGUAAAAGAAAAGACUAAAAAUAUCUGAAAUCUAGGCGUUUUAUUAGUCCCCUACCGGUUGAAAACCAGAUUCGAGGACUAAAGGAAUGGACGUUUCCAUCAUUCAUUUCGUCCGUCUGUCCGUCUGCAACUUCGUGUCCAGACAAUACUUAUUGUAAAGUAUUGACGUUCAUUUGCCGCCUUUCUUUACGUGACGUCUACCAUAUUACGUUACGUUUAUGACGUCACGUCCGUUGUAUUGAUAUGUAACGUUAGUGAUAUUAAAAGGUACGAACCUGACACAACGUGUAUUUUAUGCAGUCUUAUUCCCUUUCCGAUAUUGGUGCCGUAAACAAAUUUCAUAGAGAUGGAAACUUACAAGUCAAUCAGAGAAGGCCACCGCCGAAUUAUACGUCAGUAUUUACAACGCAUUGAAGCUGCAAAAGAAGAGCCGACACCGACGAUCUUCAAUACGAUAUUGAACAACAUCCAGAAGAAACAGGAGUGUGUGAGAGAGUCAGAUCAGAAGAUUCUAGAGCUACUGCAGCCAGAGGAGAUGGAGACAGAGAUGAUAGAGGCCGACGAAUAUCACCUAAACUUAGAGAUCCAGAUUAGCAUGUUCAAGGAAUACAGACGUUCGAAGGGCUUCGUUUCAGAGACAGAUAUUAUGCGACCUGAGCAGACGUUACCGGUAUUUCCCGCUAAACAGACAUCGCAACAGACUGUUUACUCGAGGUCAGCAGCCUUUCCUGUUAAAUUUCCUAGGUACGACCAAACUGGAGAGAACAUGAUAAUUUUAAAAUGGUUAUACGAAUAUCAGUGUUAAUAACAGUAGCAGUAGUCAAGUAAUAGAGUUAACUGAUAGAGCAGAUCCAACAUCUCAGACUUUAAGCGCAGAACCUCGAGUAACUGUCAACAAUUCUGGUGCAGAGAACAAUGCUGAUACUUCCAGCCCUACUGGCAGCGACAUUGUGACACCGGAUACCUCAAAUAUCACCGGAGCUAUUGAAAGACCAGUUGCUUUACGUAUGCUGCAAGUUUCUCUUAACGAGGUUACAGAUGAAGAGGCUUUACAAGAAGAAAAUAAUAUUGAUUCUCUAGACGGUUAUAACGGAAGUAUUGGUGAUAUUACAACUGGACAGUUAUUUGAGGUGAAUAAUGAAGCCGUCCGGAAUGAGGAACAAAACAACAGAAACAGAAAUGAAUUUGUUGAGUAUCUAUGGUAUGCGGCAACAACUGUUGAUCUAGGUGAUCCAGCAACGGGACGAAUAAGCCCUAUACGAGAUGAGGAUUUGAGUAGAUAGAUGAGUGGACCACCAAGACCACAGACAUGUUCACACAACCAAUCUUCUUUCGGUUUUGGACACAUGAUAUUUUCAACAACCAAUAAGGCAUUUGUACGGUGUACGGUUCUUUAGAUGAAGUUACAAAAUCGAAAUUAAAAUAUUUCUGGAAAACAUUUUAGACCUAUAUCUAGAUAAUGUGUUCAAUAUUCAUAUAUCUAUAUGUAUAAAUGUUAAUAAGCAUUAUGUUUAAAAAAUGUGUUCAUGUGAUCUGCCAUACAAUGAAUCUAAAUCAAUAGUUAAUUUCACGAUGAUUUCAAAAAUAAAAUAAUAUAGAUCUUGAUAAAGUCUUUAACUUUUAGCCUGCUGGCGGCAAGUGAUUCUGCCUUUGCGACCAGUGUAGACCAAGAUCAGCCUUCACGUCUGUGCAGGCUGAUCAUGAUCUGCACUGUUCACUAUUCAGUCAGUAAAUUUACGGUGAACACCCGUUCAAAUAAUAAAUGGUACGGCCCAUAUUGAAUGAUGGACCAGUACAUUUUAGAAAUUUAGCAGGCUUAGGUUAAUGGCUUCUUUAAAUUUACGUUUUAUUAUUGCCCUUAACUUCAGUAAUGUGUACUUUAAUGUUUACAAUGCCAAACGGAUAUAGAAGGGAUGUGCUUAUGCCUGUAUAAAUAAACUUUCUGUAGAAUCGCUCAUUAGGGCAUGUUUAAAAUGGCAACAGAAAUGGAGAGCAUUUUUUAACUGUCAGCUUUGACUUUUGUUAAAAUCGAAUGAUUAAUAUUCCAUCCCCACCUUUGUUUAUUUUCCUUUUCUUUAUUUUUCUUUACAAAUUUAAAAGUUGUUGUUAAAUGGCCUCCGCCUUGCCACAAGCUGUUGCAGCUCAACGAGAAAUUUCGGCAUGUGUGAUUUAUUUUUAUUUUGAAUAUGUCUUUGGCGAGGCAUAUUUUUUUCAACAAAUACUGUAUUAUGUGUGACCUGAUGUUUAUCUGUCUUAUCUUUGUCCGAUCUAGUGGUCAAGUCAACCUGCUAUGGUAUAUCUUAAUUAUGCGUUAUCCGUAGUUAACUAGAUUACAAGUAUAUUCAUACUAAUGCUGUAUUUCGGUUGGUCUGAUCUCUGUCGGAUUCUUUUUCCAUGUCUGUUAGUCAGCCUCCACCAGUAUAUCCCAACUAGUCGUAAUAAGAAUUUAAUUUUUUAUGUUUACUUUUAAAUUACUAGUCAUCUGUUAGUGGGUUUCCUACCUGCAUUCCUAACGCUUUACUUAUAUUAUUUAUAGUUAAGGUUUAGGAGUUUAUGAUCAAAAACACAGAAAUAUUUGAUAAACAAACAACAUCUUUACCAACACUCUACCUAACCAUUACAUGUUCUAAAGUACUGCACCAUAUGACGGAUACUUGACAUAUUCUGAAAAAGUUGUCCCCCUUUAAAAAUGAAUGGCAUUUGUAAAGAAAUAAAAGGAACAGUUACUGAAAACUACUUUCUAGCUAGUUUUGUGAAAUGUCAGCACUAGGACAUUAUUGCAAAUGCAUCAAAAAGAAGAUAUGUAACAGUUUUUUUUU